GAAUUUGGUUGUCCUUCAUCGUCGCCAUUGGAUUCAGGUAAUCGCAAUGGCGCCCAAUUUUUUCUCCAAGCUCGUCAAGUCGCCCAGUUCCACGCAUAGUCGUGAUCGUUCCAUCGACUUCCAACAGUCGCCUUCGCCUGCUCCUCGCAGUCGAACUUCUUCUGCUAUCAGCAUGAGCGCGUCUCCGCCCGGGAGCAUCUUUGCGUCUGGUUCACCGGUCAAAAAAGCAACCAAUAGCCAGGCUUCGAGAAUAAACACCAGCCAGCUCGACCAGGAUGCCAAUCCAAGUGUGAUGGUUGUACCACCAUCGCCGAGCUCGGCUACAGGCGAUUCAAAUAAAGAGAAGGAAAACAGCAUUGCUAAUGGUAGCAGCGGUAUGGAUGGUAGUGCGAGCAUUGCAAACAAUAGCGUCCGUCAUCGAACACCUUCAUCGCCUUCAAAACGUCCGUUUGAACUGCCCGUACUCCCGACUGUCGCUGAUGUUGCGACUUCAUCGUCAAAGACGGUCCCGCCUUCCCAAUCACGACCUCCUUCACGUUCAAAUACGGCCUCAUCUUCGAAAUCCAACCUUCGUGAGGCCUUCACGAAAAAUACCACCUCCACGGCGCCACCUUUGCCUGCAGGAGGGACAUUGGCUACCCCAUUCACCCCCGAGAUACAUCGAAAAUCAUCCAACAAAUCCCUGAGAGACGUACCUCCACCACUACCCAUAUCCACUACCCAUUCCCGAGCUGCCACGACACCAGAUCUCAGUCUUGGAAAUGCCAAUGACAGCCAAAAUGCAGAUGAUGCUUCCAAGAGUGCCAUUGUGGAGUCGCCUACAUCGAUCACAAUGCCUGAAUUUCCAGUUGGUUCACGAGAAAAUCCAGGACGAGCAGUGAGGAAUGGAAAGACGUUCCUUGCCGGGUCUCUCGACCGUGACGCCACAUCGGUUAAGUCCGUGAUCACACCACAAAAUGGGAAGAAGCCGACAAGCCGACCAUGGAAACGCCCCUCGACAAAACCAACAGGUCUCGCGAGUGCCAUCGCUGCCUCUGGUUUGGCCAUGGCCAAUCCCGUUCUUUCACCACCCCACCAGGUCCAGCUCAGUCCUCCUGCCCAAAGGAAGUCUUCCCUGCCCUCGCCACCCUACCUGAAUCAUACUGGUUCUACUUCCGCUGUUUCGUCACAUACCAGGGCAGGAUCGUCUGACUUUUCCCCGAAGUCGAAGCGGUCAUCUACAGCGUCACCUAGGCGCAAGUCGAUGUCAAUUCAUAGCGACAUAAACUCUGAAUAUAUCGAUGACCAGGCCGGUGGAGGUCCUGACUAUUACUCAGGGCUGGAGGAUGAGACCUCAGAUGAAGACGAGGGGGAUUCAGACGACUUGGACCCGUUGAUGGACCUGGACUUGGCUUCUUCUGACAUACCUGUUACCGGCUUCGCAGUGGCCAGCAGUAGAAGGAAUGCCGACUUUCAUGAGCUGUUCCCUGCAAUCCCGGAGGGUGACUAUUUGAUCGAAGAUUACGGCUGCGCGCUACAGCGAGAGAUUCUGAUUCAAGGGAGGCUAUACAUAUCCGAAAACCAUAUUUGUUUUCAUGCCAACAUCUUCGGCUGGAUCACAGAUCUCUCUAUACCUAUUUAUGAAAUCAUCGCCUUGGAGAAGAAGAUGACCGCUUUUGUGAUACCCAACGCCAUCCAGAUCACGACGCGUCAAGCCAAGUAUAACUUUGCUUCCUUUUUAUCCAGAGACACGACAUUUGAUGUCAUAUAUAAUAUCUGGCGCCUUGCUCGGCCUGAAGACACGCAAAGUCUCGGUUCAGGAUCUGUGGAACAAGCUGCUGAUCAGAUCCUUGAAGGAACUGUUAUCGGCGGCAGCGUUAAUGGUGAUGCCGUGAUCGUCGGUAAGCAAGUUGGAACCGUGAAGAGAAAGGUAACGCAGUGUCAGUGCGGCAAGGAUGGGACACAUUAUUCCGAGAAAGCUUUGGAGAUGAUCAUACCAGGCACUCCCGAACGAAUAUACAAUCUUAUGUUCGCGAGUGGGUUCAUGAAGGAGUUCUUGGUCGUCGAUCAAAAGCUUAUUGAUAUCCAAGUAUCUGAUUGGGCCCCGAUCGAGCCUGGCUCCAAUCUCCUUGCCCGAAAUAUGUCGUACAUCAAGCCGCUCAGCAACAGUGUUGGGCCGAAGCAGACAAAGUGUGAAAUUCACGACGAGACUGAGCACUGUGACUUUGAUGAUUAUAUUGUCACUGUAACGACGACACGGACACCGGACGUUCCUAGCGGCGGUGUCUUUUCAGUGAAGACGAGGACUUGCAUCAUGUGGGCCAGUGCCAUGUCUUCCAAGGUGAUUGUGACCACCCAGGUCGAGUGGACUGGAAGGAGUUUCAUUAAGGGUAUCAUCGAGAGAUCGGCUAUCGACGGCCAGAAGGUGUACCAUGUCGAUCUGGAGAAAGCUAUGCGUGCCUAUAUCCAAGAGCACCAAUCCGAGUUUGUACCUGAAGGUGUAGAUCCGGCUGCUUUAACGCUGGUUGAACCUGCCGAGGAUGUCAAGCAGCCCACGCUUGAACCAACAUCGGAAGAAGGUCGGAAACAGCGUGAACAUGAACGUAACCGCCGUGGUCUGCAAUGGGCCUGGGAUACAUUCGAAGGUGCUGCGUCUGUUGCUAAACAGAGCACUAAAGGCGCUCUGGAGCUUAUCGGGGACGCUUGGGACCAGUCGUCUUCUACGACCAUCCUGAUCUUCAUCAUCGUGCUUCUGGUUAUCAGCAACAUAUGGACGCUGGCGCGGAUGGGAUACAAAGCUGAAUCUGGGAGACGGAAGGUGUUGCAGACAACAGAGGAGCGGGAGAAAUGGAUUCACGGUGUGGUCACUGCACUAUGGGACGAGUUGUCGGCUGGUAAAGGUGCCGUUGUUGCGGUAACGGACGGACAUUUUGAUCCGACGAAGAUCGGCGAUGAGAUUAUUUCGAUGACGAGGAGACUGGAUGACAUGGAAGAGCGCAUUCGGCACAUUAAAGAGAAUUUGCGAGAUGUGAUAAUGGAUGUUAAUACGGGAGCUGAAAUGCUGGAUUAAGAACAGCUCUUUUGGUUCGAUUUAAAGCUUAUUGCGC